AUGCUCGACAGGAAUAAGGCAAAUCUGAUACUCCAGAGCAAAUCACCGUACGUGGAGCAGUUCCUCACCCAAGAAAUUAGCUCCGGACGUGGACAGAGAUACUUGGAUCUGCUGUGGCGAUUCUACGAGAAAACAGGAAACUACGAUAAAGCGGCCACAUUACUCAGCCGACUAGCCGAUAAUGAGAAUGAUGAGAUUUCUUUGUCACAACGAUUCGCCUACUUAUCGCAUGCCAUAAUAUGCGCCCAGGCAGCAACAGAUGCAAAAACAAAAGCAAUGAUACAGGAUCUCCGAGACAAAGUGGAAGUGGCUCAUAUACAAAUGGCUAUAAAGGAUUGCGUGGAUCUGCAAACGCCAAGUCAACAAAAUCUGGUGAAGCUGCUCGACGGCCCCAUUCUUCCGCUGCACGAUCUUCUGCAGAAAUUCGCGAGUCCUCUUGGGUUGUACAAGGUGCAACUGGCCAUAUUCCAUUGUGCGAAUCUCUACAGCGAAGAGCCAAUAAUGGCUGUCUGGGAGAAUAUUUUACAAUCAGAGUUUAAAUACGAGGGCGAGGUACCCGAACGGUUAUUGUGUACGCUACAUGAUUUGCAUUCUAUUUAUGGGUCAGACGAAAUAUUUCCCUCGAAAUUACAUUUUGCGACGAUUGCUUGA